CGAGUCUGAGGACGCGCGCCGAGAGGCGCUACAUGGUCGACUUCAAUGAGAGCGAGGGCGAGUCGGCUUUCUUGGUUGUGAGAUCAACAAGGGGCGUCUGGUUCGACAACCCCCACGUGUUCCAUCGGAGCCUCGCAAAGGUGCCAAUCAGCUUUUGUUUCGCGGAGGGGGCCCAGGUUCAGUCCGAGCUCGUGCCAACGGCUUCCGUCAAGGUCGGUGGCUACUUCGCUUCCAGUGCGGAUUAUGAGGAGUGGUAUCAGCGGCGCCGCGCGAGCCUGACGCUGCCGCCUUCGCUCGGAGCUGAGGCGUGCGGCGUCAACAACGACGUCGUUGUGAAGGAGGAGGCCGCCGCCGAGGAGGCCACCUCCGAGAAGGCCGUCGUCGCCGAGGAGUCCGCCACCGAGGAGGCGACCAUCAAGUCCGCCGCCGGCGAGGUGUCAGCCGCCGGCGAGGUGUCUGCCGCCGCGGAGGAGUCCGCCGCCACCAAGUCCGCCGCCGCCGAGUCUGCCACCGGGACGGCCGCCACCGAGGAGGCGAGCACCGAGGAGUCCGCCACCAAGCCCGCCGCCGCCGAGGAGUCCGCCGCCGCUGAGGCAGUCGCCGAGGAGGCGCCCGUCGUCGAGGAGGCCGUCGCCAAGGAGGCUGCCAAGGAGGUCGAGAAGCCGGCCAAGACCGUUUCCAAUACGCCCGACCCAGCGGACGCCACCUGCUACCCGGGCCUGCCCACGCCGAUGGCGGCGGGGAAGAGCGGGCCCGCGUCGGCCCGCAGCGGCUUCGGACCGGGCUACGUGGACGGCGUCGAGGCUGCAGUCCGCCGGCUGGGCGAGAGCGUCAAGUACCAGGCUACGCCCGCCGACGGCAAGAAGUCGCCGUCGCCGGGAGUCCCCACCUCCGGCGCAGUGGCGCCCAAGCCCCUUGGCGCGGGCGCGGGCGCGGGGCUGGCUGAGGCCGCGGCCGCCGAGAGGCGCGAGUACUGGGAGGGCAUUCGCAAGAAGGCGAAGGCCGCGCUCGAUCUCAGUGCCGAGCGACGGGAGAAGUGGGCGGACUUGCAGUCGCGGCGCUCGAGGAAGUGCCGGCGCAAGGCAAGGCGCUGGCGCAAGCCGAAGAGUGGCAAGAACCGGCGCCGCGAUCCGCAGACGUGCGGCGCCGGCGUUGGCACAUGCGGCGCCGGCGGUCGCGCCGGCCUCAAGGCGGCGGCCGACUGCGUGCGGGGCGGCUACACGAAGGCCGCGGGCGCCUUCCGGUGGCUGCUCCUCGUCUGCAUCCCCGCCUUUGGCCACUGCGAGCCCGCCGUGCCUAGCCCGACGGAGGUGGCCUCGGCCUUCUCGUCUGCCGUCGCCUCGGCAGCCUCCGUCGCCUCGUCGGCGUCCUCUACCUUCUCAUCCGGCGUCGCCUCGGCGGCGUCCUCGGCCUUCUCGCCCGCCGUCGCCUCGAAGGCGUCCUCGCUCGUGAGCUGCUCGCCGCUUCUCAUGCCCGCAAUCGUGCUCAUCCUCCUCGCCAUCGCCUGCGGCGCCUCCUGGCCGACCGCGGCGAGCGGAAAGGGGGGGGCUCGCGGCGCGGCGUGGGCCACCUGCCUCACCGCCGCCACGGCGCGCCUCACCGGCACGGCGGCGGCGCCUGCCGGCUUCUUCGGGAGCGCCUUCUCGUGGCUCGCGGCGGGUCCGCCGCAGGUCGCCGCCGCGGCCGCCGCCCUGGCCGUCAUCGGCACGGUAAUGUGGCGCCGCAACUCAAAGGCCCGCCGCCUCGGCUGGUCCAGCCUGCUCGGCAUUCUUCUCUGCUUGACCACCGUCUCUGGCGGCUUGGCCAUGGGCGCAUUAAUGGCCUACGACCCCCUGGACCACGAGGAGGUCCUCAACGAGAUCCACACGAAAUCGCGCAAGCUACGAAUAUCGCCAAGCACAUCUCCAUGCCACUGCCCCAAAGGCUGCGUGCCGUGGUUCAUGGCCAUUGGUGCGAGAUACAUGUUCCCGAACAUGAUCAAAGCCAGUAUGGCUUACGUCAUAGCAGCAGUGGGCUCGCAACGCAAGGCAGCGCCUUCACUCCUGCCUCAUCUCAUCUACGAUGGCAAGCCAACAAACAUCACGGCCUGGUUGCAAGGGCAAGGGGUGGAGGUCAUAUUUCAUCGGCUGAGCUUCAUAGACAAGUUGAGGGAAGCUGGGUUGGGUCACAACCCCAUCGUUGGCGCCUACCUGCGGCUCGAUCUCACAGUCAACGACACCGGACCGCUUGGCGCGCAUCUACGUGGCGAGAAGAGCAGAUGCCAAUCCACAGUGUCCUACAAGCAGGUACUGUACACAGACACGGAUGUCGUGUUCUUGGGGGACAUUGGCCAGCAGAAUCUCAUUCGGCCUCGGAAGGGGGGGCUGUUGGCCAUGGGUCCUGAAGCCAAAAGAGGCUCCGCUCCCAGCAACUCCGGGGUGAUGGUGAUGGACGUGGAGCGGUUCUCGCAAAAGCGCGACGCACUUCUGCGCUUUGGGGUGGAGCACAAGUUUCACUUUCCUGCCGUAGACCAGGGUCUCCUCCUGGAGUUUUUCAAGGGAUCAAUCUCCAAGCUACCGGAUGAGUGGAACUGGAAGGCGUACUGGGGCUGGCAAAAGAAGAAGAAGACAAACAUACGCAUCGCCCAUUUCCAUGGCCCGAAGCCAAGGGGGGUAUAUGGGUGGUAUUGCCUGUGCAAAUACAAGGCCUACUCUCCGGGGGUCUACUCAGAAUACAAGGAUCCAUGUGAACAAGAAGCCAAGGAGACCACCGGAAACAAGAGAGAGGACGUGUUCAAAGCAUACAAAGGACUCCUUGACCAAAGCCUCUCAGCAGACGGGGGAGCACUCGCCUUUUACCUGCUCCUGGUGUGGACAAACUACUUGCGGCUGUCUGGGCAAUAUCCUUCCGACCCGAGAUUGGGAUCCGAUCAAGCAAUGUUGCGGUCCUGCCUGCUCAACAGCAAGAUGGAUCGGUCGUUUGCAACUUUCGCCACCGUGUCGUCGGGGCAGCUAGCGAGGCGGAGGAGGAAGGGCAGGUACGCCCACGCGUGCUCGAGGAAUCGCUUCACCUCUCGGCCGAUCCAGCGCGACGCCGGGUCCUCCUCCGGGUCGGCCGACGCGUAG